AUGCCACCCAAAACCAAAACCAAAACCAUCCUCAUCACCGGCUGCUCAGCCAACAGCAUCGGCGCGGCGCUCGCCCUCUCCCUCGCCAAAAAGGGCCACCACAUCUUUGCCACCGCCCGCUCGCUCGCUAAAAUCCCCGAACCCCUCACCACCCUCUCCAACGUCACCCUCCUGCAGCUCGACGUGAGUUCUCCGGGCUCCGUCGCCGAGUCCGUCAAGGCCGUGCAGGACCACGGACAGGGGUUGGAUGUGUUGGUCAACAACGCCGGAGCGGGGUACACCAUCCCCCUGCUAGACGCGGACCUGGAUCACGCGAAGCAGGUCUACGAGACGAAUGUGUGGGGGGUGCUGCGGAUGAUCCAGGGAUUCGCGGACCUGCUGAUUCGCAAUCGGGGGCGAGUGGUUAAUGUCAGCAGCGUGGGGGCCGCGGUGAACACGCCUUGGAUUGGGAAGGGAGGGUUGCUUAUGACUACAGGGGUAUAUUCGUCAUCCAAGUCGGCCGUCGUGCAGAUCUCGGAAACCCUCAGGUUAGAAUUGGCCCCGUUGGGCGUCAGUGUUGUCUGCCUGAUGGUGGGCACCGUCACCACCUCGUUCCAUGACAAUGAGCCCCGCGUGGUUUUACCUGCGACCUCGCGCUAUGCGGCGAUCAAGGAGACCAUCUCGCAGUGGGCGACGGGCCAGGCGGGCCCCAAGGGGUGCUCGGUUGAUGAGUUUGCAAACUCGAUUGUAGAGGUUGUUUUGGGGGCCAACGGGGGCUUGGUCUGGAAGGGACCCUAUAGUGGUGCAAUCAAGAUUUUUUCGCGCUGGUGUCCGUCCUGGUUGCUGGAUCGUAUGAUGAGCAACGGGCAGGGAUUGGACGAACUGGAGAAAAGUGUGAAGAGUUGA